AUGCACCUUCGGCCGCUGACCAAGAGCCCCGUCAAGGCGCCGCCACCACUGGGCCCGACAAGCGGGUCGCCGCGCAAGCAGCGAACGUUGGCAGCUGCCAAGGUAAGCGACGUCCGCGCUGCGCACGCAUUUACUGCAAACGACCUCGUGACCAUCUUGCCGGGCAACUACACCGAGUGUGACGCCAACGGCACGGGCACACUCCACGACAUUCUCCUCUUUGACCAAAAGCUUCGGGAUGCGACCGCCGCCGGCGUCCAUCUCGAAGCCACGCAGUGGACGUCGUGGGACAUGGCGCGCGCAAGCCGUGACGUCGAGCGCCCCGUCGACACGGCGUCGCUGCGCCUGCUCACGUCCAACAAGCUCACGUUGGAGAUCCUCACGAGUGAUCGCGGCCACCGCGUUGUACCCGCGCUCAUUGCGCAGUGGGACCAAGACAAGUUUUCCGACAACGGUCUUCGGCUCUGGACGAUUCUCGACACGUUCUUCAACUCGCUUCCGUACGUAUUUGUGCGCGCAGACGAGGUCCAUACGAAGCUCGUCGUACGCUACGCGAGCGCAAUGACGCAGCUCAAAGCUGCGCUGGCGGACGCGCUCUUUUGCUCGAACCCGUUCGUCGCAGCCGCCGUCACGGCGUCGCUUGCACCGACGCACUGCGAGAAGCUACCGUUGUACCACUACUGCCACCAGCUCGAGCGAGAGAUCCAGCUGCUCAAGAAUAGCUCCGCGGAUCAAUCCUGGGAGAUGAUCCAUGCGACCGACGUCGGGCUCAUGCAAGACGCGACCGCGCGCCUCCUCCUCGAGUACUGGAAGCUGCCCAAGCGCGAGCGGCUUGCAUUUCUUGCCCAGAUCUUUACGCACAUUUCCGAAAUGGAAGUCGAGAUCGUUCGACUCCUUCUCGAGACGAGCACCUUUGUCCUACGCCGGGCGCUCGAAGAGCUCGGGUACGAGAGCAAGGAAGAGCGGCAGGCGCGCCACGUGCACACGAUGACGAGCCUUGUCGCGAAAUCGGUGACGGCGACGCUCGAGGCCAAGAAGCUCCGGCUGCAGAAUGAAGCGAAGCGCAAGGAGCUUGAGCCGAUCUCGCUUCGGCACAAGGGCAUCCAGGUCAACCUGGACGUCGACCUCUUGCCUACGGUCGGGUCACCACCCCAUACGCCAAAAGAAAGCUUGUACUCGCCACGCCGGUUUGUCGCCAACCGGGAGAAGAGUUUGCAGCUGCUCACCGAGCACAAGAUCAAAGAAACAAAGAGCCGCGUGCUCGUCAAGGACCUCUGGACGGUCGCGGCGCUCACCGACAACCUUAUCCACCACCUCUCUACGUUUGUCGACAAUGGCAACGACAAGCACAACGUUCCGCUGCAGGUGCUCUCGAUGGCGACGCUUCUGCUCGAGUGGCUGCGCUUUGAAAAGACGCGCGCAGUCUCGUCGGCGAAAGAAGCGACGUUGGAGCUCCACGCCAACCCCCACUACAAGCAGUGCAUGGUCAACAUGCUCCAGCUCUUUAUGGACCACGACCAUGCACCGCUGAGCAUCAAGACCGAAGCCCAGGCGCUGCAAGACUACGUUCUCAACCAACGCGCACCGGCGCACAUGACGGGCAAUAUUCCCCGCAAUGACGACGCGCUGCACGCGGCACCGAGUGUGCACCCGUCGGACGUGCGCAAUUUUCUAAAGCUCGGGUUCCCGGCCGAGAUUGCGUCGCACCUCGUGACGAUCGCCUCGGACACGACCGCGCUCGAGAAGCAGUCGCAUCUGCUUCUCCUCAUGGAGCAGCUCGAGCGCCACACGCGCAACACGCUGCACAAGCCAUCGUCGGCCAAACCGUCGGGCUUUGGCGACCGCCCCGUCUCGUCGGAAGCGUCCGUGGCGCUGCUGCUCGACAACAUCAAGGGCUUGAUCGCGACGGCCAACGAUGCCAACCGCGAGGCCAUUGGCCACCAAGCCGCCGCGCUCGUCUUGGGCUACACGACCAGCCGCAAACAAUCCUCGAUGGUCUCGGGUCACAUGCGGACGCUGGACGCCGAGAGCGUCUGCCACGUGCUAUUGACCAAACUCGAGCACGAGAUGCAGACCGGGCCGCUCCAGCACUCGACGCGGCGUGAGCUCACGCGACUGCACUCGCUCGUCGCUACGUUCGUGCACGCAGACGACGCGCCGUCGACGACCGAAGCCCUCUUGGCGCCCGACCAUAUUCAGAACAGCAUUUCGUGGCUGGGCGCACUCGUCGCCCAAGCGCUGCUGCAAAAAGCCUCGCUGGGACCGUCGACCGGCGCGGUCUUGGACGCCUUGCACAGCCUCUUGAUCAAGACGCAGGCCAAGAUGCACGGUGCGUCCGUCCACGCGUGUUUGGCGACCAUGGUCAACGCGCUCCAGCUCGCCAAGGACAAGAAGGUGCUCGCCGACUUUAUCCAAGGCCUCGAUGACCUCCAAGCAACACUCAAAGCACUUUUGCAGCCGUUGGGACUUGGCACGACAGUGGUCAAACCACAAGAGGCGCAUUGGGCCAUGCCGGACGCAGCCAUCGACGCGGUGGUCGCCGACGUUCGCGUGGACGCGACGCCCGUCUGUAUCAUGCAGCUCGCGACCGCGCUACGGAAUCUUCACGAGGCCAACGUGGCCGCGGCGUCAGCGCCCAAGCCACGCGCCAAUCUCUUUCCCGGUCUCAUGGCGCUGGAGAAGGACAAGGGACGGCGGCCCCACGUGCUCGGUAUCUCGGUCGCCGAGCUCUCCGAGAUGUUUAGCGAGAACAAGGUCGUUAUGAACCUCAGCACCGUGCUCAAGCUCAUGUACCAGAUCUACCGCGAGCGGUAUGAGUGCAACCUCACCGACCAAGACAGCGUCGGGUCCACAGCCUUUAUCGAUUUUGUGUACGACUGGUACCUUCGCAAGUAUGGACUCCGGAAACUAGCGAUGCAGCACCUCUCCAAGCUCCUUCUCUCGCUCAAGAAGCACCGCAAGCACAGCAAAAAAUGUCUUUUGUUUAGCCGCUUUUUAGGCUCGCGACAGGUCCUUGACGCAGUGUACCUCCCCGCAUACGAGUACGGAACACUCAACUUUGCUUUGGGACUUUUGCAUCUCUGGACCAACGGCUCGUUCUUGCUCAACGCGAACACCUCUGCCAAAAUGCCGCUGGCGACACUGCUCUCGAUGCUCGAAGACAGCUAUGACAAGCGGUUCGGGCCUUUUUGCUCCACCGAGCAGAUCAAGGCCAAGGUGACGGCCAAGACGUGCGUCGACGACGUGUCGGUCAUCGACCAAGAUGUGGCCCUCGAAAUCGCCCUCGACGAAUUUAGCGCCAUGAAAGUCAUCGUGGAAACGAUGCUACUCGACAUUUACGCGGCCGGGGACGUGCUCGGGCAAGACGACAUGGGCUACGACGAGUUCUCCAUCGUGCUGCACGACCUCGCGCCGUGCAUCUCGGACCGUGACACCGCACGACUCUACCGCGACGCCGUCGCGGAUGUGUCGCUCGGCACGGUGCCCCGGGCGCGGUUCGUGGCGGUCAUCCUCGACAACGGCGUGCUCUCGACACGCCAAAACAAGUUCAAGGCGUCCGGGGCCGCGUACCCGACAGAGUACGAAGACGACCAGUUCACGGCACUCGACGAGACGUGGCAGGCCACCGAGAGCGACCUGCUCGCCGCCGUGCAGCGGAUACCCCACGCCGAGACCGCUGCGUCGCUCACCUUGCGCGUCCGCAUUCUCAAAAUGAUUAUCGCACGGAAGAUCGACUCGGAGACCGCGUGGGUCGCGUACCGUACGAUUGUACGGGAUGUCAACCGGUUUCGGGACCUCCAAGCAGCCGAGAUUGCAGCCAUCAAGGCCAAAGAAGCCACGUUCAAGGACGCUGUCGCGCGUCUCACGUCGGUCAAGUUCAAGCUGCUGCGCAAAGGGUCCGCCACCAAGACCGAAACCAAUCCCGCCAGUACGAGCGCAACCUCGGUCGUGGCCUUUGUCACCGAGUUGGACGAGAACGCGCUCGAGAUCGACGCGCCUCCAGCGGUGGUCGCGCAGCUCGAAGAAAAGCUCCGGGACGAGCUACUUCGACUCUCGGACGCCGCGGACGCCUCCAAAAUUGAAGCGACGCUCGACUCGUACGGCGUCGCUGUGCAGAAAGUACGGCGCGUGAAUGAGAAGUAUGCCAAGAUCCUGCGUCGGGUGACGGUGGCGAUGAAGGCGCUGGGACCAACAACGACACCAACAACGACCGAGUCGGACACCAACGACAUGGACGACGGAGGCGACGCAGGUUGAGCUUUGUGUGCACCGUUUAAACACUGGAUCGAAACAAGAUUGCUCGAUGUUAAAAGCUCA